AUGGCUAAUUUUGAACCGAUGAGCGACAACGCCUUCCUGGCACUACCUCGAAAUGAUUCUAGGGCCUGUCCCGAGGAAGAAGGGUGGCAGGCGUGGAGUCGAUUAGCGCUGGCGGAGAUUUACGGGAGAGUGCGGCAGAAAAUGAGGAGCAUAUGUCACCGCAGACGAUGGGUCAACAUCAUUGUGUCUAUUUCCAUAGUCGUUUUUUUCUUCACGGUUGGAGGAGCGAUCAGGCAUGGCGGACGUACUGUUUACAGUAUGCAAACAAAGCGGGCGGUCUCAAGCACCUUGUUUGCGCACGCGCGGAGAUUUCUUCUUGGCAAUGACCCACCAGGCCCAAUGAAUGUGAUUUUCAUUGUUGCUGAUGAUUUAGGUUGGAGUGAUGUCGGUUUUCGAAAUAAAUAUUUACUCACGCCGAAUUUGGACAGACUUGCAAGAGAAGGCGUUAUUUUGAACCAAUCAUAUGUUGCGUCUACGUGUUCUCCGUCGCGUGCGGCCUUUCUGACGGGAUAUUACCCACACAAGAUGGGUCUGCAGCACCGGACAAUCGGCAUGAAGCAGGCAAAGUUCAUCCCUCUCAGCAUCCCAACAUUGGCUGAAGAGCUGAAAUCGCGAGGAUACGUCACUCGCGCUGUAGGCAAAUGGCACCUUGGGAAUUGUAACUGGAAAUACACUCCGACGAAACGUGGUUUCGAUUCCCAUUUCGGUUACUUACUGUCUUCGGGGAAUUACUACACACAUCUGUGUAGUGGUGUGCACGAUUAUUGGAAUGAUACUACACCGGACUAUAACCAUGAAAACGUGUAUUCAACCGAUACAUUCGCUGAUAUUGCAGUUGACUUGAUUCGGGGUCAUUCUGCAACACGGGCUGAUCCUCUUUUUAUCUACCUGGCAUUUACAUCCAUUCACGGUCCACUUAACCCACCCCCGACACGGUACAUGUCAACGCUUAUUAAGGACCAGCCGGGCUUCGACAGGAGAGCGACAGUCAGCCGAAUGCUUCUGGCAUUAGAUAUGGCUGUCGGUAGGGUAGUAAAUGCUCUGGAAACGUCUGGUAUGAUGAAAAAUACUCUGUUAGUUUUUACGAGUGACAAUGGUGGUGCUGUACAAACAUGGGGAAACAAUGCCCCGCUGCGUGGCGGAAAAUUCACCCAGUGGGAGGGCGGCACAAGAGCGGUGACGUUCAUAAACAGCCCAAUGGUGAAAUAUCCUGGACGGGAAUUUAACGGGCUUUUUCACGCAGUUGAUUGGGUGCCCACAAUUCUUGGGGCGGUGGACUCUCAGAUGAAUUCACAACCGACAGCGCGAUUUACAAUGGACGGACUGAAUCAAUGGGAUGGCCUCGUGGAGAACAGAAAUGGAACAACACGAAAAGACAUCGUUUAUGUUUUCGAUGAGAUAGACGGGACAUACGUGUACCGCUACGGGCGGUUCAAACUGAUGGUUGGGCCGCCAGUUUGCGGAAUAUACCAGGAGCAAUGGACCAGAGAUCAUUCUUCUGAUCCUAACUGCUGGUUCGGAAAUUCAUAUCCUCAUAGAAGAAAUCACAGAUGUGACUAUCAACUUGCUGACACAAUGUUGUUCGAUGUCGUUAAAGAUCCCGAGGAGCGGUAUGAUCUGGCCACUCUAAAACCGGAUAUAGUAGACGACCUCAAGCGGCGAAUGCAAGACCUAAGAAAGGAUGCUGUCCCUCACCAAUCAGAGCUGUCAAACGAUAUCACAGGCCAUAUAAUUGAUGGUGUGCUCUAUCCAGGAUGGUGCUGAUGUGCAGAAAAAAAGAACGAACAUCACCAAUGGUGGGUCUACUGGGUUUUAUUCCGUUCAGAUUACUUAGAACAUGGUACAGAUAAAUCAGUUGCUCUGGGCAAACUCACGCAUGUUAAGUCGACUUUUGAUUAUAUCUUCACAAAUGUAUACCGUUGGCAUGACGAACAUAUAUAAGGUGCAGUGUUUGAACCAAAUAGGCCAACUUUUUCUGAUUCGUUGUCGUGGUCGGUUUUGGUUGUGGUCGUGACGUCAUCAUGUGCAUGAUCUGAAAGGUGGAGUGUAUGUCUUGACCAUUGGUAGCAUUCUUGAGGAAACCUCACGAGUCGUCACGGUCUUUCUCUAAAAGGUGAGCCCCGGACUGACCUUUGUCGUAAAUGCCGCAUUGUUAAAAAGAAGACAAUUGUAUGAUACUGACAUCUAAUACUACCAAGUUUGGAUGGAAUUACAAUAUAAUGAUUUUGGGGCUAGCCUAGCUGGUAGAGGAGGUCUAAUGCCCGAUUAGGGUGCUAUAAAUUAGCGGCUACGGGAUGUGACAUCUCAGUUUCUCUGCCAAAAAAGGCAAAAACGUAAUGACGUGCCAGGGUUCUCAUUGCUGUUGACCACCACAUUAUCCCAAGUUUACUGACGGCUUUCUCACCAAGUGUUCAUUAGAUCUCUUUCAUGCAGUACGGAUGAGUACCGCCGUGAUUGGCUCCAUCAUUCGCUCUAUCACUACAGCUGAAA